GAGAGGAGGAGAGAAAGAGAGGGGGAAGAGAGAAAGGAGAGAUGUAGGGGCUUCACCCGCUCCGACAACCUGCUGAAGCACCAGCGCACCCACACCGGCGAGCGCCCCUUCACCUGCGCCCAGUGCAGCAAGAGCUUCACCCGCUCCAACAACCUGCUGGAGCACCAGCAGGUGCACACCGGCGAGAGGUCCUUUGGUUGCUUCGACUGCGGCAAGAGCUUCAAGACGACAUAAAAGCUAAAGAUCC